UUUUUCUCGUGAGAAUUUUCUAUUCAAUAAUGUGAAUUUUAUCGUGAAAUUAUGUGUUUUUGUGUGCUUGUGAAUUUGUGAUAACUAUUGAAUGUGUAAACAUUGCGUUUUAUCGAAUUGCAGCAGUAUUCAUCUUUAAAAAAUCGUCUGAAAUGUUCUAGUUAGGUGCUGGACACACUUCCACACCUCGCGCUUUGUUUUGCUUUUGCACCCGAAGAGUGUUUUUUUUUUGUGUGCGCUUCGCCCCGAAGAGAAACAAAACCAUGGAAAAGUUCCUCAGCACCAAAAAGCACCACUUCGCCAUUGGUUUCGACACAACACCUGCGCAAUCGUCCGCAAUCGCUCGGUUCGUUCGGUCGAUAUUAUCUACUCUGAAUUCCGCGGCCGCCGUGUGAAGAAACGAAUCUAUUCAUCAUUGGCCACCCUUUCCUUCGGACUGGUCAAAUCGUUAGCGUCGUCGGGAAGUGCGUUUAAGUGGCUUAAAUUGAUUCGAAUUGGUGACUUCCGGAAGGUUGAAGGGAGAACCUCUUUUGUGAGAGAAUAUUAACCAGUGUGGCACUUGUUUUUGGGGGUCGAUAAAUCGGUGGCAGUGUAGAAGCAAGAAAUCUCCUCUCUUGGCCACAGCAAGCAAGCAAAUUGGAAACUGGAUCUGGGUUAGUGUUGUCUGCGACAAAAGAGUGGAAAAGGUGCAAACUUAAAAGUGCUUACUGGGGGGCAAGAAGGAUAAUGAGCUGCACGAAGCAGCGACAGAAUUGAAGGAUGGCCUCGACUCCGUCACCGGAAAGUGAAGAUUUCCCCGGCAGACUGCUGCAUCAGGCGGCUCUGUGGGACAAUGUGGAACUGCUGGAGGAUUUGCUGCAGGAGGAGGUCCACCUGAUCGACUGCUUGGACUCGUGGGGCCGGGCUCCGAUCCAUGCGGCGGCCAUCACAGCGGACUCCCGCUGUUUGCCCAUGCUGAUCAAUGCCGGAGCCAACAUCGACGCCACCUGUGGACCACGGGGCGAUAAUAAGACUGCAUUACACUUGAGUGCUGAACAUGGACACGUGAGCAAUGUCCAGGUGCUGUUGGACGCCGGGGCUUCCUUUGUGGCUAAGGAUAGGAACGGACUGACGGCGCUGGAUUUGGCGGAUCGCAGUGGACACGAGUCCUGCGUGAACCUGCUGAAGGAGGCCGCAGAUACCCGGGAGCAGAUCCGAGCCCAGAAGCACAAGAAUCUGCGCGAAGCGGUGGCAUCUUCGGACGAGACGCUAGUUCAACUGCUGCUGGACAACAUCGGUCCGGAGAGGGAGAUCAUCGUCAACAUGGCUCCGGGAGGAGCAAACACGCUUCUUUUCAUAGCUUCCCAGAACGGGUCCGAGCGCAUCGUUCAACUUCUGUUGGAUGCAGGGGCGGAUGGAAGGGCACAUGCUGUGACGCGUUAUUCUCCGCUCUAUACGGCGGUUCAUAACGGACAUAAGAAAGUUGCGUCGAUGCUGCUGGAACGAUUUCCGGAAUUGGUCCAGCAGUUGACGGUGGAGCGAUGGUUACCAUUCCAUGCAGCUUGUAUCAACGGGCACUGCUCGGUGGUUGAGUUGCUCAUCCGGAAUCAAUAUCCGGAGGAGUUGAUGAGUUCGUUCAGAAUCAAAUCACCCCUUUCCAGAGAUCCUAGCGGAGAGCUCGAGUGGCGUUUGGCCUUCGAUCCGAAUACCCAGGAUGUCACCGGUCAAACAGCCCUGUAUGUUAGUUGCCUUUUGGGGAAUCGGCAGUUGGUUGAAUUGCUGUUGAACUGGAAGGUCAAGUGUGUGAGGUAUUCGCUGGAAGAUGAUGGUGGAGGAGGAGCACGGGAAGCAAUCACUCCGUCUAGUAAUCCGCUGAGUCCUUCCAACCGGAGGAUAUCGUUCGGCAUUCAAUCGAUCAUGUCUCGAUUGAGUCUGGGGCGUGAUCAAGGUGAAGAUCGAGAUGAAAACACAGAGCUGCGAUGUCCUUUGGAUCUGAAUAUCUUGUGUGGAGCGGCUCGUGAGACCGCUUUACUGGCAGCAGUACGUGGAGGUUUCCUGGAUGUAGUUACGCUUCUGUUGCAGAACGGCGCGGAUCCCAAUGUGGUGGCGAGGGCCGUUGAAGACCAGAAUGAUCCCAAGGCUUCGGAUGAAAUCUACGGAUUUUCUAACGUUCCCCUGGCGGAAGCUACUCGUCAGAAAUCCUUAGCUAUGGUUGAUCUACUUCUCAAAUAUGGUGCCAAAGAUGAUCAAUCGAUAGCACUGGGUAUCGCUAUUCAAAACGCAGAUGAACAAAUCGUCUGCAGACUGUUGUCUAUCAAAGCACAUGCCGACCCGGACUAUAAGAUCAACAAGAAGGCCUUUGCCCAGGAGGCAGAAUAUAGCGCCUUUCCACUAGUCGGAAGUUUCACUUACAGUUCCUUAUUUCCCAGUACUGCUACCAUGAUCAAUUGGCAUAGCAAUAAUUAUCGUCUUGCGCUUAUUAAAAUGCCCUGGCUUAGCGAAGCCGUUCUCCAGUGUAAUCCAAAGUUGAAAGGUCAUCCUCGUUGUUACCAGCUAUCUCUAGGAGCCCUCACUCGCAUUGACAUCUCUCACAAUUCCCUUGCGCAUCUUCCACCCGAAAUCUUCUCUCUAGGUAGCCUCCGCUACCUAAACGCAGCACAGAACAAAAUUGAACGCAUUCCCCUGCCAGAAGACAUCGACGCCUGCUCGACGUAUCAACCCCAAAAACGUCGCACCUCCAAAACCUUACCACCCGAAUACAACUGCCCAGUGCUGGAAGAACUCUACUUACAAGACAACCGACUCGAGUACAUUCCUCCUCGACUCUUCCUUCUUCCCAGUCUGAGCAUCCUGGAUGUCUCCAACAACAAACUCCAAGAACUUCCGUUCGAGCUGUGGAAGUCUCCGAAACUGAAGGAGUUCAACGUCGCUUUCAACUUCCUCAAAGAUCUCCCAUCGCUACCAAACAUUGCCGAUCUGGGUACCGACGCUACAGAACCCCCUUCCCCAGUGACGGAAGCAUGUCUCUUCCACGCGUAUUCCUAUGAAGACAAUAGCGAUUCCCUCACCCGAAAUCGCCACGUUGCCAGCUUGGAACUCGUCAAGCAUCACAUCUGGUCAAAGUCCCUCGAAGUAACCGAUCAGGAGCUGCGCCUCCCAGAUUCCAAAAACGAUCACACCGUUUCGCAGCUAAGCAGCCUCAACCUUGCCAACAAUCUUUUCACCAGUAUUCCGCUUGCCCUACCCUGUCUUGCCGUGAACCUUACUCGCCUCAACAUGUCCUACAACAGCCUUCGCUCGAUGGGACACGUUACCAGCUAUCCGGCGUCUCUCAAACAACUGGAUCUGGGUCACAACGAAAUUAGUUGCUGGCCAAGCUUGCCACGGAUCGCUGCUUCCGAUCCGCACCUGAUGUGCUACAACCCGCAAGAACCAAAGAAGAACUCCUCCAAAAACUCCGUUGCCAGCUCGGGAAGCUCCAGUACGCCGUAUUCCAACGAGGUUACCGUUGUAAAGUCGUCCUCCAGUUCCAACAACAUAACGUCGCUGAGGACGGCAGUUCUCAAGAGCGUUUGCGUCCAUCGGCGUCACCUCCGGUUGGAAUCCUUGCGAACGUUGGUAUUGGCUGAUAACUCGUUGACGCGAAUCCAGCUAUCUACGGACGAUGUGACAACGCUCGGCGAAUCGGAAGAUGCGGAAUGGAGCUUGAUUGGGGUGGCCAAGUCGCGGUUGAUAUUCCCGAACUUGUCCAUGUUGGACAUCAGUAACAACUCGUUGAAGGAGAUUCCACCAUCGAUUCAUGAGCUGACCAACCUGAGCGUGUUGAACAUCAGCGGGAACAUGGAUAUAACGGAGUUACCGCCGCACAUGGGUUUGUUGUCAAGGCUGUGGAAUCUGAAUACGAGGGGUUGUUCGUUGCAGGAUCCGCUGAGAUCGAUGAUCGAGAGUAAGAAGUACAAGACGAUGGAUAUCAUUGGGUAUUUGAAGUCGGUGUAUGAGGACGCUCGGCCUUACGCGAGGAUGAAACUGAUGGUUGUGGGGGUUCAGGGAAUUGGGAAGACAAGCCUGCUGGACCAGUUGAGGAGUGAGGGUCCGACGAGAAACAAGAAGCAGGUAGAUCACUGGGCAAAACGAAUGGGGCAUAAGAAUAUCAACACGAAGACUAGUCGGGGGAUCAACAUGUCUACGGUUGGAGUGGAUAUUGGUGAUUGGAUCUGUGAGAAGAAAAUCAGAGGGCAUUCGACGCAUGGACCGGUGGUGUUCAGGACUUGGGAUUUCGGAGGGCAAAAAGAGUACUACGCUACACAUCAAUACUUCCUGUCGAAGCGAAGUCUGUAUCUGGUGUUGUGGAGGAUCAUCGAUGGGCGUAAGGGAUUGGCGGAAGUUUUGCAGUGGCUGGGUAAUAUCCAGGCGCGAGCUCCGAACUCUCCGGUUAUUAUUGUGGGGACACAUUACGACGCAGUUGGAGAGACAUUGCCAGCGAAGAAGGCGGAAGAGCUGCAGCAGAUCAUUAGAGACCGGUUCAUAGCGGUGUCCGACGCGGAGAAAAUUGGACUGCCGAGGGUUUUGGACUCCAUCGAAGUCAGCUGUAGAACUGGCCACAAUAUCAAACUGUUGGCGAAUCUGAUCUACGAUACGGCGUUUUCGUUGCGACCUCCGGGUUGCAAAGAGCCUCUUCUGUAUCAACGAGUUCCAGCGAGCUACUUGGCACUGGAAGAUGUUGUAGGUGCCAUAUCCUCAUCACUGAGGCAGUUCGGAGCAGAUCCGGUGCUGGAUGCCGAUCGGUAUCGAUCGAUGGUGACUCAGGAGAUGCAACUUCGGGGGUUCAAGGGUUUCCGCGAUUGGUCCGAGUUGAACCAAGCUACCAUGUUUCUCCACGACAAUGGCGUUCUUCUGCACUAUGACGAUGCGACGUUGCGCGAUUUGUACUUCUUGGAUCCGCAGUGGCUGUGCGAUAUGUUGGCACACGUGGUUACCGUCCGGGAGAUCAACCCGUUCGCUAGGACCGGGGUUAUGAAGAUGGACGACUUGCAGCAUGUGUUCAAGAGUUCUUGCCUGGGGAGCAGCGAUAACCGAGGGUACAUUGUCAGUUUGUUGAACAAAUUCGAAGUCGCCUUAUCGUGGGAUGCGAGAACCCUACUUAUUCCAUCACUUCUUCCUUUGGAAGAAGACAGCACAGCAGAUAGGGUAGUUACCGUUAAGAUCGCAACACGUUCCAAGGGAUGGGUUAUGCGAACGCGUCGCAAUCCGCUGAACACCAAUUUACCGACCUACGAGCCGGUCACAUCCGAACCACAGACGCCAACCCUGAACAACGCCUGCGAUAUCCAAACUCUACCCCGUCACGAACAAACCAUUUCUCGCCUGCUUCUGAUGUCUUACUUCCCAUCCGGCUUCUGGUCCCGACUCAUAACUCGGGUUCUGGCUGACGAUCAGGUCAUCGAAGCGAUCCGGUCCCUCUAUCCCCUUCCCAAGGACGUCUCAUCCGACCCGGACAUCAACCAAGUGCUGAACAUGUCGUCGCACUGGGCAGUCUGGCAAACGGGUCUAGCCCUGUACUACGGAUCAACGCUGGUGUUCAAAAUGAGGGAGAUCUCCGUGACCUGCCCGACCUCGCCUUAUCGCAACCCGAUGAACCGCUUCAAACUGAAACAGGACGGAAUCUGGUGCGAUAUUGAUCUCACUUCGACUUCGAUCUUGGAGAUAUAUUUCCCAUUCAAUGCGUUGAAGAUACGGAAACUGGACGAAGUCGGAGCGGAACUGGCCUCGGUGGAAAUCGAAGUCAAUGUACGGUGCCUGACGCAGCUUUUGGCACUCAGUGUAGAUCACAUCGAUUUGCUGCUGGAAGACUGGUACCCUACGUUGGGUACUCGGUUUGUGCAUACCUCGGAAGGUCGCUUCUUGGUGACCAGGUUGGUUCCAUGCCCGAAAUGCCUGCGUGAUUGCGAGGACCGACACGUUCCGAAUUUUCCUUCGCAAGUGAAGUCAAGUUCCGGAGUGAUGGGCACUCAACGACCCAUGAUGCACAAACGGCUGAGUGUCGACAGGAGGCAGGAGUUCGGGGAGUCCAGUGGGUUGAACGAGUUGCCGGGUAUAUUGAACGACUUGGUUCCUUCGCGUAAGUCACAGGACUCGGUUGGGUGGUCCGAUUGUGAUUCUGGGGUAGGGCAGGAAUCGGCCGAUAGCUCGCGGGCUACUUCCAUCGAAGGCCAUCCCCUUGUGAACGCAGGGGAUAUGCCAGGGCCUCCAAGCUACUCGUGGAUGGUGGAAGAAUGCAUUCUGGCUGCGUACGAUAAGAAAUCGGUGGCCUGUCCGAUCCAUGGGGAGAUCGAUCUGAGCCGGAUCACUCCGGAUGUGAAUUUCCUGGAUCUCUCGGAGAACUACGUGAUCAAGUCAGGUGAUAUCACUCGAGGGCCACUUCUAGGACGUGGAGCGUUCGGCUUUGUGUUCAAAGCAACGUGCAAGACCCGCGGUUCUAAGACCAUUAUCCCGGUAGCGAUGAAGAUGCUGCAACCGGUCGCACCGGGUCCGCGAGCUCGUCAAAGUGCCAUCAUAGCGUACAAAGCUGCCCUCGGAAAGUGGGAACGCGAUCCGUUGCAGCACUCGUGCAAGGCUUACUGUACAGCGCGGCAGGAGUUGGCCGUUCUUCUGACGCUACGCCAUCCGAACAUCGUUCCGUUGAUUGGAGUCUGUACGCAACCGUUGGCGCUGGUGCUGGACUUGGCUCCGAAGGGGGCGCUGGAUGCCGUGCUGCGCCACUUUCGUCGAAGUGGCGCUCGCAUCGGUCCGUACUGUUUCCAAUCGCUGGUUCUCCAGGCAGCCAAGGCCAUGGAAUAUCUGCACCGGAGGAGGGUAAUCUACCGUGAUCUCAAGGCGGAAAACAUCUUGGUGUGGGAGUUUCCCGAACCUCAUGCUGACGACCACCCGUCGAACGCGGUGCACAUCAAGGUGGCGGAUUACGGCAUCAGUCGGAUCACGCUGCCGUCCGGUUCCAAGGGCUUCGGGGGUACCGAAGGCUUCAUGGCGCCGGAAAUCAUGCGUCACAACGGCGAGGAGGAAUACACCGAGAAGGUGGACUGCUUCUCGUUCGGGAUGUUCCUGUACGAGCUGAUCGCGCUGCGGCAACCGUUUGAGGGUCACGAAGCGGUCAAGGAGUGCAUACUGGAGGGUGGGAGACCGGUUUUAACACAGCGGGAGACUCAUUUUCCGUCGUAUUGCUUGGAUUUGAUGGUUCUGUGCUGGGAUCAGCAGCCGAAGGUGCGACCUUCGGCCAGUCAGAUUGUGUCCAUCGCUAGUGCACCAGAGUUUACGCAUCUGAUAGAUAUAAUCUCGCUGAGUCAUCCGGGGAAUACCAUGGACGGAAUUGCUUGUCCGAUUGCCAGCGUGGACGAUGAAACGGUUAUCUCCGGGCAUGAAUUGUGGUUGCCUUGCUCCAAUUCACGGAUCGAUAUUCUGCAUGGGUCAAUCAAGGGAUGGCAGCAGUAUCAUCGGAUAAUGUGUCCUCAGAUUGGGACGCCGGUGAAAUCGGCCAAUGGAAGCGGGUAUCACUCGCAACCAACGACUCCUCAUCAGGUGAAGCAGAUCAAGUUGAUGGUAGCGUGUAUUGUAGAGAAGGCCGUUUGGAUUGGAGAUGCUGAAGGUAACAUCUACGCAUUCAACGCUUCGGAUUGUGUUCACCAGUUCUCAUAUGCGCUGGAACCUGCCCAACCGUGUCCGGUAGUGGCGUUAGUCUACCUGAAAAAGUUUAGUAGAGUUGCUGCAGGCUUGGAGAACGGUCGCAUGUUCCUAUUGGACUCGACCCUAACGCCGAGCACUUCCGUAUCGGCUGAGGGCAGUUUUGUGUUAUCUGAACUUGGGUCCGGAGAACGAUUGUACAGUGCUUGUCCGCUCUGGAAGAACGACUCCGAAUGCGAACUUUGGUGUGGCGAAACGGACGGGGCGAUGAACGUGUUCUCGCUGAAAAACACCCACGUUUCUGGUCAGCAUCACUUGACUCACUUCCAAACGCCGCUUCCUACUCGAGGACUAACGGUGGCCCUGUUGUGCGCCUCGGAUGACUGGGUCUACUCGUACGUUGCUCCAGGUUGUAUCUUGUACCAGUGGCGAUCCACGGGCAAGCAAAUCGAAAACCGGCUGGACUGCUCGAAACUGGUCCCGUGCUCGGAAAGUCUCAAGAGCAUCGCCAUCGACGAGCAUCUCAGCCCAGGCAAAUGCCAAAUAUCCGCGAUGGCUGCCCUGAACGGAGAACUGUACGUCGGAACCACGUGGGGUUGUAUCAUCAUCAUUGAGAAGCAAACCCUCCGGCCGAUCACGAUAUUCCGUCCAUUCGAGGAGGAUGUUCGCUGUAUCGUCCCGCUGUACGGUGGUCCGACUCCGAUGCUGGUCACCAUUGGGCGCGGUUAUCGAUCCUUGAUCGAUCGCUACACAGACGUGACCACGGGCCAUGUGACUACGCCCUCGGCGGGUGCUCCGGAUAAGCGCUUGAAGGAGUCGUUGCUGAAGGAUCGAUCCAACAACAUGCACGCCUUGAUCUGGACCGCCGAACACUGGACACCGAUUUAGGGAUUUUCGCGUUUUUUUCGAGUAGGUGUUUCGAAUUGUUCUGUGAUUUAUGCGAAUUAAAAGAAAUAGCUUUUAAGUCUUCAAAUGUUUCCGAUGUUCGUAAUUUAAAAUUCCUUUUCAAAGACGUGUUUUUGAAUGAUAAGAGAUGGAAUAAAACCCAAAAGAAUUAUAUCGCA